GGAGAGGGCGUGGAGGGGAGUGGAGCGCGAGAUGAGAGGCAGGAGAGUGCGAUGAGAUUGGGAUCCCGUGGAGUGAGGGAUGAGAGCGUUUGUGGUCACGUGGUCUUGUUGACAGGCGUGAGUGACUCCUGCUGCUGCUACUGCUGCUGAGUUGAAGCCGCGUCAUCUCCCAGCAGGCUGGUUCCAUUUCGGCGCCGGUGCCACGGCUGUGAACGUCGAAGGGAAACUCGAUCCCGUGCCUUCUGGGGGUGUUAAGUGCUGCUGGACUUUUCGACCACUGGGACGCACGUGGCUUCCGUCAUCGCGAAACCAGAUAGGCCACACACAAAAAAACAUUUCAACGGAUUCUCAACGCACCAGUGGAUGAAGGCAUUUCUCCGGUAUUUCUGUAAAAAAACAAUUUUUAACAACACACACGGAGGGGGUGGUGGGGGGUGGUGGUGGCGUUUGGUGGUCACGGUGGUUUCUGGGAUGAGUUUUAAGUUAUUUUGUUGUCGCCAGCCGUCUCUUGAGCCCCGAUCGCGUCAAAGUCCCUGGCGAAGUCUUGGCGAGAAGAGAGACGCCAGAGAAAGAGAGAGUCAGAACCGGCAGCGUGCAAUAUGUCCCCACUGAGUUAAAGCCCACUUAGCUAAGGAGCUCUUUUAUCGAGGGCAGAGGCGGCCGUGCGGGAAUUCAUGCGUCUCGUCCGUCGUCGCCAUUCAAGCUCCGCGCUCGAUGCGUUUUGCUUCUUUCAAUUUAGAUUUUUAUUUAUUUUUCUAAGUCGCCGGUUCGCUGAGCGCAGAGCCGUGCAGGAAAACUCCGCUGGGCGGACCGUCCGCACGAUGAGAAGGAGCUCGCUCAACGACUUCAUGUCAGACCGUGCACGCGCGUUCACUCCUGGAACGCGUCCAAACGUUGUCCAACGCCCGACCACCUUUCGUUGACUCGCGCGACUGAAGUUCGACAUCUGCGUGACGAUCGCACGCCAACAAAAAAAACCUGCGCCUGCCACGACUAAAUAACAACAACCGCCAUUCGCCACUAAGUGGCGGUGACGUCACCACGACGCUUGACUAUAUAUGUACACACACACACGCAUACAUCCCUCUCUCUCUCGCUGUGUAAACCGAAACACGUGAACGUCGAUACGCUGUUGGCAACUGACUGGCUCACUCUGCGUUUUUCAGCGUUGGGGUCGACCCAGGGCCUGAUUAAGAUUGUAUCGGCCCCCUGGGCUACAGCUACUGUGAGGGCCCCCAGUAAUAUUUUCCAAAGGAAAACAAAGUUAAAGAAAAAUAAAUUUAUUUUUUACAAGGCUAACAACAAAUAAAAUGCAGCACUCACAAACGAAAUAACUUUUCACUUCAUCUCUGGAGGCCCUCCAGCUGACGGAGGCCCCUGGGCUCAGGCCCGAAAGCCCCCGUGCCUUGAUCCGGCCCUGGAUCGACCGAACGUCUCAUCGCGAAGGCGGCGAACGUUUUAAAGUUGAUGGACCGAGACUCGACGACCGAGCGGUGUUUGUCCUCGGGGGUCCACGUGGCACCGAGGAUUGUUUUUUUUUUCUAAAAUAAAUUAAAACUUUACCGAACUGCAACCACGUUAUCCUACGGUCGGUCAGAGUUGGCGUCCGUCGCUUGAUGAUGGCGCAGGAGGAAGGGAUCACUGCGUAGGGAGCGUCAGGCCGUUUGCCCUUCGACGAUCUGCCCUCCCGUAGUCACCUACUCUGUCGGUACCCGGCACAUGAAUAUUGGGGCCUCAAUAAACGAGGCACCUCCUUCAUCACCAGGAUCUGCUGACCUUCAUUACCAGGAUCUGCUGACCUUCAUUACCAGGAUCUGCUGACCUCCUUCAUCACCAGGAUCUGCUGAUCUUCAUCACCAGGAUCUGCUGAUCUUCAUCACCAGGAUCUACUGACCUUCAUCACCAGGAUCUGCUGACCUUCAUCACCAGGCUCUACUGACCUUCAUCACCAGGAUCUGCUGACCUUCAUCACCAGGAUCUGCUGACCUUCAUCACCAGGAUCUGCUGAUCUUCAUCACCAGGAUAUGCUGACCUUCAUCACCAGGAUCUGCUGACCUCCUUCACCACCAACAUCUCCUUCAUCAAUAUUGAAACGGUCUCGUGACAGUGAGACCUCUCCGUUAAUAACGGGAGCCUGCGCACCAAACACCGCCAACCUUCACCCUCGCCGAUCUCCGCCACCGUAACCUCGCCAUGGCCCUCGCGAUCUCGGCGGCGGCCGACAGCGCCGCCGCCGGCGCCACGGCCUUCUCGCUGCCGGGCGUCCUCUUCGACGCGAGCGGCGCUCCGACGGCGUCGGCGAUGGAGAACGCGACGGCGUCGGCGUCGCCCUCCUGCGCCGCCAAGUCGACGCCGAACCGCAUCUCGCCCUGGUACUCGGCGAUCUUCACCGCCGCGGGGCUCGCCUCCAACAUCUUCGCCCUUGUCGUGGUGGCGAGGGCCGCUCGCCGCACCCGCAGCCGCUCGCGCGGCGCCUUCCUCGCCGUCGUCACGGGCCUCGUCGCCACCGACCUCGCCGGCCUGGCGGUCACGGGCGCCGUCGUCGUGAGCAUGCACGCGCUCGACCUCGAGUGGACGAGGGUGGACCCCCGGCGCCACCUCUGCCGCUUCUUCGGCGGCUGCAUGGUGUUCUUCGGCCUGUCGCCCCUGCUGCUGGGCUGCGCCAUGGCGGUCGAGCGCGGCCUCGGCAUCGCGCGGCCGCUCGUCCACGCCGCCGUCGUGACGCGGCGCGGGGCCGGCGCGGCCGUGCUCUCCGCCUGGGCCCUGGCGCUCGUCAUGGCGGUGGCGCCCGCGGCCGGCCUCGGCUCCUACUCGGUGCAGUGGCCGGGCUCGUGGUGCUUCCUCGCGACGGAGGGGGCGGACGGAGGCGUCCUGGAGCCGGCGCACGCGGCCGGCGCCGUCUGCUUCUCCCUCCUGGGUCUCCUCUCCCUCGCUGCCUCCCACGUCUUCAACAGCACCACGGUGCUCACGCUGGUGCGUGCUCGCCGCUGCGGUGCCGGGGCCGGCGCUCGGAGGCGGCACCGCGCCAACAAGCACGAGUUGGAAAUGGUGGUGCAGCUGCUGGGCAUCAUGGUGAUCGCCACCGUGUGCUGGACUCCGCUGCUGGUGUUCAUCGCCAACAUCGCACUCAAGAGCAGCCUCAUACCGGCCGAGCGCCACUGUCGCACGCUCAUCCUGGGCAUCCGCAUGGCGACCUGGAACCAGAUCCUCGACCCGUGGGUCUACAUCUUGUUCCGCCGCUCCGUCAUGCUGAGGCUGUGCCCCGGUUUGGGCGGUGGCGCCGGCGGCGGCGGCGGCACCGCAGCCUCGUCCGUCCGGAGCCUGUCCGCGGCGUCCGUGUCGACGGCGGUCUACGGCGCCGCGCUUCGCACCGCCGCCUCCGUGAAAGGCGCGCCGGAGGGCGCGGCGGUGGCCACGGCCACCCCGCCUCGGGGCCGAGCGGCCAUGAUGCCCGCGGUGAACGGGGGAGGACGCGGAGGAGGAGGAGGAGGAGGUGGUGGAGAUACGGGAGGAGGUAGAGGUCGACGAGGCGGUGGAGAUGGAAGAGGAGAUGGAGGAGGAGGAACAGAGGAGGAGAGUCGCUUGUGAACGCAGUCGCCCCUCGGCGCGUGCCGACUGUGGCCGUGAUGAAUGCCGGUGGCGGAAGAUGAGGUGGGGUUGGAGGAGGAUGAGCAGGAGGAGGUAGAGACAUUGUGGGAACAGGAGACUGUGCGGCGAGGCCUCAUCAAUGAGCAAAGAAAGACGGAAGAGAAUCAUAACUUGGAACCUCUUCUCCAUUGCCCAUUGUACCUCUUCAAUUUUUUUUUUAAAUCAAGAUUGAACACGAAUUUAUGUAGAAACUGCUUGCAGUGUGUUUAGUUUGUUGUCCUACCCCCUCCUUCUCGGUCACUCAUUCCUCCAUCCUCGCAGCACUACCCAUGCCAUCUAAACUCAAAAUCAUUAUGUUCUGUAUAGCGCCUUGGGUGAAGGCGCAUCUAUAAAAUAUAUAUAUAUUAAUAUAUGUUAAAUAUAAAAUGGGAUUAUAAACUGCAUACACCUCCCCCCGCUGUUGUCACCACCCGCUCCCUUCACCUCGAGGGCCUCACGUGCUCCACCGACGAGCCCGUGAUUUAGAUGGCGCCAUGGCAGUGAGUUACUGGAUUUUUUUUUAAUUUAAAUCACGGCCGCUGAGCAGAGGCCCAAAGCGAGGCCUCUGUGUAUGUCCAGCAUAGGGGUUGUGGCAACCACAGCGUGCUCGGUGCGAAGGCGACCUCGGUCGAUGAAGUUUAGCGUUUUGUGGCACGUGACGCAGUAGCCACCGUGCGUAGAGAGAGGUGGACAGCGUGUCGGAGAGCACUCCCCUGGGGCGCACGGACAAUCAGGACGACUGUCCCAAUUGGCCCCGCGCUUUGAGGGUGGGGGCGUGCCCCGCUCUUCAAGGUCACGGUGUCAGAUGUAAUCACACUCCCUGCCUCCCUCUCUCCUGUCCUCUUUAGCCAUUUUUCCCUCUCUCCCUUCCCUCCCUCCCUCCCUCCAGUCUUUCCUCCUCCCCGCCCCCACCUCCCAUUCCGCCUUUCCGGAGACGGCCACCAGAGUUUGAAAAAAUAAACACCACAACAAUG